AUUUUUCUGAUAAUAUUUAUAGUUUUUGCCUCUGUUUUGUUGUUGAGAAAAUGCCCGGAAAAAAAAAUAUGCAGCAAAGUUGUUGACAAAUUCUGAUGAGAUACAAAAGUUUUUGAAUUUGCAGGACCUUAUAUAGUGAUUAUUGGUUUAGAUAAGAUAUAUGAUAGGUUUCCUAGAUAGCAUUAUGAGCUGCUUAGAUAGAUAUAAUGUGGAUAGUUUUGGAAAAUAAAGGAGCAUUAGUUAGAUAUUUUGAUGUAAUUAAAGAUAUAUAUGUAUAUCUGAGUUGUAACUAUUGUUUAAACAGAGGAGAAACAUGUGAAUUUCUAAUGGUAAUAGGUUUACAUAAAAAAAAAAAUCAAUACUAAGUCCUUAUCUUUUGGCAUUAGUUAUAAAUGAAUCUAUUAGGAACGUUCAAGACCGAGAAGUUGGACAUGGGACAACUUCUGUGGUUAUUAUAUCAGUCAAGUGAUCCAGCAUAUAAUGAUGCAUGGAAAGAUAAAGGCACUGGUCAGCUUUCUAUCAAAUGUAAAGAGGGUGUUAACAAGGGCACAGGAGAAUUCAAGCCAACAAUUCUUGUUCGAAAUGAUGUGAAUGGGGUGAUCAUGGAUCUGUCAAGGCCUGGACUUGUGUUGUUGAGGGGAAGGUCGAGACAUACAAAGAGAGUGUUUCCAUAGAUGAAGAGAACAAAAUAGUCCAUUUGAUAGAAAUAGAGUAUGAGAAACGAAAUAAGGAUGUCCCUGAUCCACAAAAAUAUUUGAAGAACUUGAUUAAUCUCUUUAAAGAUGCUGAUUAUAUGCUUGUCCAAGCUUAAUGCUAUGGCUAUAUAUGAGUAAUGGUUAUAGUAUGACACCAUGUAAUAAGAGCUGGAGAGCUCUAGUGUUGAUGCUUCAUAGUUUCAUGCUUAUGACACUACAAAAAAUUAAGGUUUUAGAGACUAAAAUUUAGAGACAAAGUGUGGUUUGUCUGGAUCUAAAAUUUAGAGAUUAAAGAAUAUAGCAUCACUGCUUUCACAUUCUCAAACAUGGCUAAGUUUUUUCUCCAUCAUAUUUGCUUUUGGCAGUAUUUAAUUCUUCUUCAUAAAAAUUGCUUUAUUUGUUUACUUGUUUCCACUUAUAGGCCUCUUAA